AUGUGUGAAUAUGUUCUAAAUAAGGCAGUGAACACAAAUGGGGCAAUUUCUUUUGAUGAGACACUCAGCACGUAUACACCUAGUGCUUUCCCUCUGAACGGAAACAAAAAGAUUGUUGCACCCUUUUGGUGUGACAUUGAUACAACGAACGGAGGUGAUGUAUGGUAUUAUGAAACAAACAAUCAAGAUGUGUUGUUCAAAGCUACAGAUGAUAUUCAAAAGAUAUUCCCUGAACAGACAAAUUUCCGUGCUGCAUGGGUGUUUGUAGCUACAUGGGAUCACGUUGCUUUCUAUGGAGCAAGUAGUACAGGACAACGAAAGAGAAAUACAUUCCAGUGUAUUCUAAUAACUAAUGGAAGACAUUCAUUUGCUAUCUUUCUGUACAACAAAAUAGAAUGGACGACUGGCAGUAUGAGCGGUGGUAAUGCAAAUACUGGUUUAGGAGGAACUCCAGCACAGGUUGGCUUUGAUGCAGGCGACGGUCAUAAUUAUAUGGCAAUACGUGAAUCAAGAACUCCGGCUGUUAAACAGGUAGCAAGCCUUAGUAAUGUCAAAAUAGAAGGAAACUUGUUACCUUCUGGAUGGUCGGAUGUGUUUGUUAUGUUGCCACCAGACGCAAAAUCUCUUUUAUCUGCUUGUUAUGCCUGGGAUGAUCGGGAAGAGAAACAUCGUUCCCUGGAGAGAAACCAAAUCGACACAUGUCCAUGUACUAUAGCACAGGCUAGACUGGACAUAUCUAGAUUUAAUCCUGAUCCUCAUUGCAACACACUAGACCAUAAUAUUGAUAAUGAUACUAGUAUUAACUGUAUCUACCAUGUAGGAGCUUUACAAUGUUUGCGAAUGGCGUUUCCUGGAAACAUGGGACAUGAUAACCAGUGCUGUUAUAACAGUGACGGGAAUCUUAUAGAGACUAAUGCUAAGACCUUUGGUGGAACGGCAAAUAGAUAUCACUACAAAGGAGGUGCAGAAGAUAACAUCCCUUACCUGUCUAAUAUUUAUGACGAUGUAGUACCGUAUAUGUAUUGCUGUCAAUAUCCGGCACAUUACAACCUAGACUUAGAUUCUUGUCAAAGAUUCCUAAGGAGAAGACCACCAUCACGCUGUUCGGGGUACAUUCCGCCAAGAGCAGCAUCAUCCAGGGGUGAUCCUCACCUUGUAACAUUAGAUGGUUUGGACUAUACAUUCAAUGGCGUAGGAGAAUUCACCAUGAUACAAAGCAAAGAUAAUCAUCUAAUAUUACAGGCAAGAAUGGAACAAUUUAAAGACAAACAUGGUAACUUAAAGCAAGCUAGUGUUAUAACCUCGGUAGCGUUACGUUGUAACAAUGACUCUGAUAUUGUGGAAAUGAGAUUGAAUGAAAUCAGAAUGUGUGACGUACUUAUUAAUGGACAGUUACUAGAAUUCAUGAAUACUAACACUGUAGAUGUCAAUGGUGCAACGAUAAUAAAUUCAAGAGGCAAUGAUACUAAUAUAGAAAGUAUCUGGACAUCAGUUACAUGCAGAUAUCCGAAUAUAGCAGUUAAUGUGACAGCUAUGGCUAAAAUGAUUAAUAUCAAUAUCGUGAUAGCAGGAAAUUCUUUACGAGGCUUUGUCAAAGGAUUGUUGGGUAACUUUAAUGGAAAACAGAACGAUGAUUUAACAAAUGCUUAUGACAGAAUCAUACCCAUAAACUCAUCUUUAGAUAUAAUUCAUCAUAAAUUUGGAUUGACAUGGCAGAUAAAUGCUUCGGAUUCAUUGUUUACAUACCCUGUGGGCAAAACGCACCAAUCAUUCCAACACGUCGACUUCAAACCUGUAUUUAACGUUACUGACCAAUGUCCGGGUAAUGUUGCCUAUGUAUGUGGCGAUGAUCAGGCCUGUAGAUUUGACUUCUGUACAACAGAUGACACCAGUUUGGCAGAAUCGACUAGAAUCAUGACAGACGAAAUCGAAGUUAUGGCUGAAGUAGCUCUACCAGCUUGUGGCGAGCCUGGAAACAUCACUGAAGGCUACUGGAAUUUCACAGGGAAGUCAGCUAAUCUUCUGUGUAAUGAGAACUAUAUAUCAAAUGGUCAAACUUUAAUUAUGUGUUCUGAUGAUGGUCAAUGGAGUGUUAUAAACACUACAUGUGAGCUCAAACGUAAGUAA